GAGCAGAGUGUGUGUGUGUGUCCACCUCACAGUAAACACCGACCGGCUCAUGCAGGAACCACAGACGGCAGCAGCAGCAGCAGCAGCAGCAGCGUCCUCACUGCUCCGACCCAGCCAGGGUGCACCGUCCUGGGGGUGAUCUCUGUCCGGACUCUUGCCUCUUCCUCUGGAGCUCUGCAGCCUCACGCCGUGUCUCUGCUCCUCCAGCCAGCAACCCGGCUUUCCCCUCUCUGCCUUGUCCCUCUCUACAUGUGUGGUUGUGUGUGUGUGUGUGUGCAGGACAGUUUUGCAGAGCUGUUAAUGUGAGUGUGUGUCCUCUCUCUCUCUCUCUCUCUCUCUCUCUCUCUCUCAUCACACACACCUUCUGGAUUGGAAACAAUGCCACCACCACCUCCUCCUGCAGAGGGUUUGCCCUGAUUCUGGAUGGAUUUUUGAAUGGUUUACAAAUCCCCUGGAUUAGUAUAUGGAGUGAUUCCCUGCUCAGAACAACAGUGGGAGUAACACCUCCAGUGACACAGAUUGGAUUUUCUCUCUGAGGUUUCUGUUCUGACUGAGGAGCUUCUCCGUCACUUCCCAUCAGUUUUUUCCCACGCUGGGAUUUACAUCUGCCAAUCUGGCGAAAAGAUGCUGCAGGGGCCCGACGAGGGACUGAGCCCUACCUGAACCCCCUCCUCCUCCCCCCCUCCACCCCUUCCUCCUCCUCCUCCUCCUCCUCCUCCUCCUCCUCUCCCCUGACCCUCAGAGCCCUCAACGCCGCCGCCGUCCCAUCAUGAACCUGCUGUGCCGUGGACGCCUGAAGCUGCUGGCGGCGUCUCUCACGGCCAUCGUCCUGCUCACCUGGCUCUACCUGCUGGCUGGAAACCUGGAGAAUGGUCGCUCUCUGCUCCUGGCUCCCUGUCUGGCCGACACGCCGGCGUCUCGGGUCCUGGAGCGAGCCGUCCUGGAGUCUCGGGUCCGAGAGGUGGAGGAAGAGAACCGGCAGAUCCGGCUGCAGCUCAGCCAAUCGCAGGGCACCGCCGCCCAGCCGCCGGACGGUAACUACGGCAACCAGCAGUGGGGGGCGUCCGCAGACACGGGGCCGGAGGACGGGGACAACACGGCGGAGGAGAAGAACAACCACACCGAGUGUCCCCGCUCGCCCACCGUCCAGAAGUGUGAGCUGAUCCAUGUAGCGUGCGUUUGUGCCGGUCACAACGCCAGCAGAGACGUGGUCACGCUGGUCAAGUCCGUCCUCUUUCACAGGAGAAACCCUCUUCACUUUCAUUUCAUCACCGACACAGUAGCCAAUCGUAUCCUGAGUUCUCUGUUCCAGUCUUGGAUGGUCCCGUCGGUGCAAGUCAGCUUCUACGAUGCAGAUGAACUCAAGUCCGAGGUGUCGUGGAUACCCAACAAGCACUACUCAGGUAUUUACGGCUUGAUGAAGCUGACGCUAACCAAAGCUUUGCCCUCCGACCUGUCAAAGGUCAUCGUCCUGGACACGGACAUCACCUUCGCCACUGACAUCGCAGAGCUGUGGGGAAUUUUUAGGAAAUUCACAGAUAAACAGGUGAUUGGUCUGGUGGAGAACCAGAGCGACUGGUAUCUGGGGAACUUGUGGAAAAACCACAAACCCUGGCCUGCACUGGGACGAGGCUUCAACACAGGAGUCAUCCUUCUCUACUUGGAGAGAUUGCGGCGAAUCGGUUGGGAGCAGAUGUGGCGACUGACGGCGGAGCGCGAGCUAAUGAGCAUGCUCAGUACGUCGUUGGCUGAUCAGGACAUCUUCAACGCCUUCAUCAAGCAGAACCCGGUCCUGGUUCACCAGCUGCCCUGCUUCUGGAACGUCCAGCUGUCUGAUCACACUCGCUCUGAACAGUGCUACACCGAGGUGUCCGACCUCAAGGUGAUCCACUGGAACUCUCCCAAGAAGCUGCGAGUGAAGAACAAGCACGUGGAGUUUUUCAGGAAUCUCUAUCUGACCUUCUUGGAAUACGACGGAAACCUGCUGAGACGAGAGCUGUUCGGCUGCCCGAGUCAGGCCAGUCCAGAGACCGUCCAGCUGCAGGCGGCUCUGGAGGAUCUGGACGAGGACGAUCAGUGUUACGACUUCCGCCGCGAGCGUCUCACCGUCCACCGAGUGCACCUGUACUUCCUGCAGUACGAGUACACGCCCACCGAGGACGACACCGACAUCACGCUGGUGGCUCAGCUCUCCAUGGACAGGCUGCAGAUGCUGGAGGCCAUCUGUAAACACUGGGAAGGUCCCAUCAGCCUGGCGCUCUACAUGUCGGACGCCGAGGCUCAGCAGUUCCUGCGCUACGCUCAGGCCUCCGAGGUCCUCAAGAACCGCAAGAACGUCGGAUACCACAUCGUCUACAAGGAGGGUCAGUUCUACCCGGUCAACCUGGUGAGGAACGUGGCCCUGAAGAACGCCAACACGCCGUACGUGUUCCUGACUGAUGUGGACUUCCUGCCCAUGUACGGUCUCUACGAUUACCUCAGGAAGUCGGUGGUGCAGCUGGACAUGGCUCACACUAAGAAGGCUCUGGUGGUUCCAGCUUUCGAGACGCUUCGUUACCGUCUGUCCUUCCCCAAAUCCAAAGCCGAGCUGCUCUCCAUGCUGGACAUGGGGACUCUCUACACCUUCAGGUAUCACGUGUGGCCCAAAGGUCACGCUCCUACCAACUAUGCCAAAUGGCGAACAGCCACCACACCAUAUAAGGUGGAGUGGGAGCCGGACUUCGAGCCUUACGUUGUGGUGAGACGAGACUGUCCGGAGUACGACCAGCGCUUUGUGGGCUUUGGCUGGAACAAGGUGUCCCAUAUCAUGGAGCUGGAUGCACAGGAGUACGACCUGAUGGUCCUCCCGAACGCGUUCAUGAUCCACAUGCCGCACGCUCCCAGCUUUGACAUCUCCAAGUUCCGCUCCAGCUCCAGCUACCGCAACUGCCUGAACACCCUGAAGGACGAGUUCCACCAGGACCUGUCCAGGAAGUAUGGCUCGGCCGCUCUCAAGUAUCUCACCGCGCAGAGGAACAUCUAAAAAAAAAAAAAAAAACAGGAGCUGCUGAGAGCUAGCGAGACCCCCCCGAGAGCUCGGGACAUGUACUGACGCGGCGCUCCGCUGUGGCCGCCAUCGGCGUCCGAGUGCGAAUAUGACGGUAAAGCUUUACAGCCCCCCUUUUUUUGGACAUUCUCGGGCUCCUGUGCAUUAAUUCACCAGUCGACUCCACCUGAAGGUGGCGGAGGACGAGGACAGGACAGAGAGAGACGGCAGGAUUCUGGGCUGACGGAUGCUGACGGGACUAGCUUUAAGGCCGGGAAAUAACAACCAUAUUCUUAUAAGUUGUUCUGACAAUCAGGGCUUUUUCCAGAAGACAUGAACCAAUCCGUCCGCAUGGAUAACGGGACACUUAGCUCAAGGACAUGAAACGAGGAGACCCGUGCCAUUCUGGGAGGGGGGGGGGACCUAAAUUUAAAAAAGAGAAGAAGUCGAACUGGAGAAAGAUUUAAGCCUUAUCACUUUCCACAGUAUUUACUAAGAUAUUUAAUAUUUUAAUUUCCUUUUUUUUUUUCUUUCAGUGUCAAUCAGAACCAAUGAAUAACAAACAUUUGAUUACGACUUUACAUAACAAUCAGUUUAUUUUUUUUCUUUCUAUAUUUUCUGACCUCUUUCAAAGAAAAUCCAUCAUGUCCCAGUCGAGUUAGUUCAGAUUGGUUUUUUGGGCUUCAGGGAUGUGAUCGGUAUGUCAGCGCGUGUGUGUGUGUGUGUGUGUGUGUGUGAUGGCUUCAACACGCUUUCUGCUCGUCGUCGAUGUCAUUUUCUCGCUUUUUGUCUCAAUCAUAUAUUUGCCUGCAUGUAAAACUUGUUGCACCACAUGUACGUUAUUCUAUUUUCUGCCGUCAUUCAUCCCUCCUGAACGAAGCAAAAAAAAAUCUAUUAACUAAUUACAGAUGAAAUCAUCACUGAUUGGGACCAACUCACGCGACCAACACUGACACUGAUGAAGCUUUCAGCUCUGAGCGAAGGGAAGGAGCUUUUCUUUAGUUUCUGGUAUUCUGUGCCAUUACAUCUAUAAUAUGUCUGAUUCACUGGAUAUAUGUGCCAUCUACUGAACCCCAUACACACUUUUAUUAUUUAUUUUUUUUGUUGUAAAGUCCAACUUUAAUUGACAAAACACUGAACUUUCAAUUUGACCUUUAUAAUUUAACAUUUUAUAGGCAAAACUAAAAAAAAAACCCCUGAAAAAAUGGUGUUCCCCGUUAUUCAGGUCGCUUGUUUUUGUUUGUCUGGCAGUUUAAAAUGUUAAUAUAUUCAAUUUAUUAUUAUACAUGACAAAGAAAAGCAGCAAAUCAUCACAUUUGAGAAGCUGGAACCAUCAAACAUUUGUCCGAAAACGACUUAAUGACUUGAAGAUUUUCUGUCGAUGGACUGAAGGAUUAAUGGAUUAUCAUUGUUAUCUCUGUUACAUGUUUAAUGUGGAUUUUAAUGGUCCCUAAAGAAUGAAACCUAAUGAUUUUGGUCUAAAACUAUGUCCCACGACAACCAAUCUGAAAAACUAUUGGCCAGAUUUACACUUAUUUCAGUGUAAAUUCAAUAUUUCCAGAGGAAGAUUCAUGAUGUUUCUGAUGUCUUUUCCUCUAAUAAUCUCCACUGCUGGUUGUAAACGUAUUUAAUGAACACUGCAGCCUUCUGGCGCAGCAGCCAGCAGAGUUUAAGAUUAAAGUUUUGUUUUUUCAUCUUUUCUUUAACCUCCUCACUUCCAUUUCUGUUAAAUUGUUAUCCAUCACAGUGUUCCUUUUUAUUUUUUGAUCCUUACCUGCAUUUGGACAAAAAAAGGCAAGUAAAGAAGAAUUGACUCUAUAAUCUAAGAAUAACGUCCACAAAGAGAAAAAGCAGGGGCACUAAACGCCGGUCGAAGGCGUCGGAUCUCGAGUGACGGGUUUAUGUGACGGCCGCGGGCUCAGACAGGUUGUUUGGUGAGGAGCGAGCGAGCGUGCUGUGAAGAGCCCUGCUCCCUCCCCGCCGCCAUCCACGCCGCCUCCAUUGACUUGUUGUUGAUUGUGGUAAAUGCUAGUGCCUUUGCUGUAUUGUGAAACUGGAUAUUGAUUGUACUGUUGUACCGACAGGGCCUGGGGAAAGUCAGGCACUCUAUUUAUUAUUGUUGACUCAAAUCAAUCAUAUUUUUCUAUGUAAGUGCUUUAAAUAAAUUUGCCCUUUUUUA